AUGGACUUUCGGCAGCAUUUAUCAGAUUCCCUAAAUGAAAUAACUGAAUAUAUACAAGAAGGCGGAAAUCGUGGAGGUGAUUCAGAGAAUACUGUUUUAAGACUGGAGGUUCUUUACCAGGCAGCGUUGAUCAAUGGGGACAUUCCUUUAGAUGCGGUUGACUUAAACAAUCAAGCUCGUACACACCUGAACGUAAACUUGCAUCAACAAGAGCCUUUUCGUGGGUAUGAAGCACCAGCAGUGAGUGAGGCAGGUCGUCGAGGAAGACCUAAGUUUGUGAUUUCCGAGAAGCAGCUGCUAUUUUUCAGAGGUAAGGAGGAAAAAGUGCUUUUACCAUUUUCAGGUUGAAAAUUUGAAAUGAAAAUAAGGUAGACACAUUUGAAACUAUCCAUAUAUGCCCCAUAUGAAGUGAGUGCUUUUUUUUUCCGAGUUGAUAGGUUUCGCCAAACCACGUUUUUUGGUUAUUCAUAACAUCUUUAGUGAGCUCACCUUUUGAAGGUUUCAUUCAAUUUUCAGUGUAAACUAUCUACUCUCAAAGGACUGUGUUUUCUUCUAUGAACACUCGUUAUCUUUUUGUUAGAGAACAACUUCACGUAUAAAGACAUGGCUCUAAUGCUUGGGGUUAGCAAGCGAACUAUUGAAAACCGUAUGGCCGAGUACGAGUUGACGAACAAGUCCCGCUACAGUGACAUAGAGGACGAUUUCCUGGAUUCUUUAAUCCAGCGUAUCAUGACAAAUUUCCCUAGAUCGGGUAAGUAAGUCUUCAUAGAAAUUUUGAGGCUGUGGCCGGUCAUGUUCAGUCAAAAAAUAAAAAUUUUUUUGCCCUUAGCUUGGUAAAGAACAGUUUGAGAACCAGUACAUAAUGACGCAACAAUUUAUUCCUCUGGAACUAGACAUGAUAAACAUCUGAAUUGAGAAAUUUUCUCGUUUGCCUUUAUUUCUUUCAGAUUGCAGAAAUUAAUUAAACCUUUUCGGCCGAUACGCGUUAUUGCUUGAACACCUCAAGAAACGUAGACAUUAUCACACUUAGCAAACGCAAACAUGCUUCUUUCUUCUUAGAGGUGGAGACUAAGGAGUGCCAUAAAGAGAGUCGAUCCCAUUGGUAGGAGGCUAAGGUCUAUGAAUGCCAUCCGUAGACGAGUGUAUAACGUACGUUCCCCACUGGCCCUCUGGCAUAUGGACGGGAAUCACAAACUGAUCUCACUAUUUUGA